CGCUCGAAAAAGCAAAACAAAUAGUAGGGCGAGUCUUGUUUCGUACCGUCUUUAAAGUAUACCCGCUACUACAAGGCGUCGUAAUUGUAAUUGAGAUUGUCGACUGAUAUCAGUCUAUCCUUGUAAUUGCUUUACUAUCAAUAAGAGCGCUCAAGAGCACACUCCUUAUAUCGUACUAGUUUGAAAAUCGUGUCGAGAUUCAAGAUGCACGGGGACCCCGAGUUCUUCUUUCUGAAGCCAGUCGCUUGGAUGGAUGCGAAGAAGUGGGAAAACAAGAUGCUCGGCGCGUUUCUGAAAGAAUAUCCUAGCCCGACUAAUGGCUAUGUGGCCGAGAGCGGGCCUGAAAACAAAUCCCUUUUUGAACAGUACGACAGCUUCGGUACAGAGGAUGGACAAUUCAACGACUUCGUUUUGGAUGCACACGCCUCUGCCAAGAAAGGUGUCAGCGCGACACUCAAGUCUCUCGCCAAUGUGUCAUUUGAUGGGGAGACAACGCACGCGCACUCUCUCGAAGGCAAAUACCUGCGCUUUCGACGCCUCACUCAACUCGAUGUGUUCUUCGACAAGGCCAAGAAAGAUGUCGAGGUCAGCAAGAGAGUUCCUAAUUGGAUCAAGUCGGGCCUCAAAAUACCUGUUUGUGUGGUAGUUGGAAUUAUGAUUUGUGAGGAUGUUGAGGUAGUCUGGGAGGAGGGCGCAAAGAAGGCGGUAGAAGCCAAGGGCGAGAUACCUAUCGCGACGAUUGCUCGAGCAGCUGCUGGGAUCCCUCCUAUUCCAGGUGCGGCCGAUGACACAGGUAAUCUGGGAGCCCAGUACACGAACCAAAGGGAAGAAGGCAAAGUCUUCCGGGCCAAGACGGGGGAGAUGAAAAUCUUUGCGCUGCAGCUACGAAAUGUCACAAGGGGAAGAAUGUUGAAAUUAUUCCAGAGGAACGAGCUCCAUAUGGGAGACGACAGCACAAGUGCCGAUCAAGGACGCAAAUUUGGUGUGGAUGAGAAGACUCCACUUGAUGAUGUUGAUGACAAUGAUCUAUUCUUGGAGAUGGAUGACGCGAAUGACUCCGGGAAGAAAUGAGCAAGACAUGAGGGAAAUAGAUUGUUCUAAGCAUCCUAUUCCAGUAGCUUUGAGAUUUUGUUCGUGUUCUGUUUUAAAUUCGGCAUGUUUACUCGAGGACCACGAAACCCGACCAGAACUUGCAACAAUUUGGGUAGCACAGUUCAUGGAAGGCUCAUGAGAAGCAAAGAUGUGAGUUGUAUCAAUUUGCAUUAUGACCUCACACACCUUACACUCAUGUCGAAAUUUA